ACAGAGAAACUAAUAAACUAUGGCAUCCUUCAAGUUAGUGUGUAGUGUGCUUUGUGUUCUGAUCGCCAUCGAAUCCGCCACCGCCGCCGAAGAUGGAACCGUGCGUGCCCUGCGGAAAGUGUACUCCCUCUGUGAGGACAGUGAUGAACUGCUCAAGUGUAUUAAGGUCCAAGCGCUGAAACUGACCGACCGGGCCAUUAAACUGCCAAGCGUGAAGCUGAUUGACGGUGUGUCAAUUCUGAAAAAGACCGAUGGUGAGAGCCAAAAGCGUGCCCUGAACGAACCCACGCUCAACGAACUCGAACUGAACAAACUGUCCUCGGCCAAGAUCGAUGAGCUGCUGUAUCAACGUGCCGCCCGCUUCAUGGAUACUCAUCAGCUUUCCUUGAACGUACCACGAAUGCUCGCCUCGGGACAGCAGGAAACUGGACGACUGGUCGAGGAAGGCCGAAAGAAGAUGAAGAAGUACCUUGGACCAUUCCUCGCUGCAAUGGCUAUCAAGGGAGGUAUCCUAACCAUGGUCUACCACUCAAUUGCUAUCGUUGCCGGCAAGGCUCUCAUCAUCGGUAAAAUUGCUCUGGUUAUAUCCGCCAUCAUCGGUUUGAAGAAACUGGUCACCCCAGAGGGACACGAAAAGACGACCUACGAAAUCGUGAAGCACCCGCAUGUCCAACAGAGCCAUACCUACUCGUCGAAUCAUGGUGAGUUCGAUAACCACGAAUCUGGCCAGUUCCACCGUAGCUUCGGAAACUCCGUCAGCAACGAUAUGCAAAUGCAGGACCGUGCGUACCGAGCCCACGUUCCCAAGAACUAAGCGCUCCCGACCGUCAAACUCUACACAUCCAAGGAACCCUCUAACAACCCGUGCUCCAAUCGGUCAUUAGGAUACGAAAAAAAAACCCAUGUAGGAUUAGAAGAAUUUCAGGGAUCGCCAGAUCCCUGACGUGCGCACACUUCGAGAUCUCGUCGAUCGGAUUUACCACUCCUAGGAAUGCAGAAAACGAAAGCUUGCAGCAAGUGGGAAACAAUGAAGCACAAUGCGGCUGGCUCCAGACCUGGGCCGAUCAACCCAAUCAGCUUUUUUACCGCUCAAGCAGAACGACCAGCGCGUCGAUCGGCUGGUGCCUCACAUGAACUAGUUUGAUC